CAAACCCCGACCACAUCCAUGUCGACCACCCAAUACCAACGCCUGCCCCGUUCCGACGACGAGGACAACGACAACGACAACACUCAAACCCAGUCGACAAGCCGCCCAUCACCCCGUCGUUUGACAGAUCCUCGCUUCAACCCGCCACCACCCUCAGCUUGGAAACGUGUCGCACUCAUUGCAUUCAUCAUCUUCCUCUUCUGGCUCUCCUACUCCCUCAGUUCCAAGAAGAACACCCAGCAGAAAGUCAUCUACGCUUCUCGAUACUCGAAAGAGUUCAAGUACAGACCCGCAGCGAGCCCUAUCAUCACCGAACGGCUCAAAGACGGUCGUGUCAGAUUGAGAGGAGCGUAUCCGAUGUCAUGAAGAUGGUCCGUUCCGGGUCCUGAUUGUCGUGCGUAUAUGUUGGUUCGUGCAUUUGAUUGGCAAGGCGACUUGUCGUGGAAAAGGUAGGGGACGGAAUGGAUUAGGAGCCGUGCAUGGUGCAUACACUCGUCGUCGAUGUCUGUCGGAACUCUCAUUUACUCAUGCAUUCACUUAUACAUAUCUUAUAAUGGAGUGUUUUCAGCAAGCAACCUGAUCGAAUAGUUUUCGACGUAGAGAGUUUCGCCGUUGUGCCAUGAGGAUGCACCUGAGAGGUAGUACUUCGGUUUGACACCGCGAUGUCCAGCAUAAUCAUAUCGUGGGGGCGUGUAUGCGCC